AUGGUGAUGCUUGUGAAUUCUCUAGAAGUCACUUUUUCUGUCAAUAACAAUAUGGUUACUAUCGAGAUUCUUACGGGCACAAACUUCAAGAAAUGGAAAGAGGAUUUUUUGUUUGCUAUGGAGAUGGCUGAUGUUCAUAUAUCUCUUGAUAUGGACAAACCAGCAGACUUAGAUGACAGGAGUACUGAUGAUGAUAAGACAGUACAUGCUGCAUGGACGAAGAGUAAUCGUCUCUGUUUGUUGUCCUUGAAGAUGACUAUUAAGGAGCAUCUGAAAAGUGGUUUCCCUUCUAAUUGCACUGCUAAGGAGUUGUUGGCUGCAGUAGCACUGAGGUACCGAGUCUCAUCUAAUGCUGAAAUAGGAACCCUUCUGCAGGAACUCUUAACCUGA